GCGCAAACGGGCGCUCCCGCUUUUUUUAUUUAUUCUUAAAGUACAUACCAUAAACAAUAUUUUUUUUAAAUUAAAGUGCGAAAGCUGUUGUAUUUAUUUUCUGUGAUAAUUUAAUAAAAAAGUUGCAAUAAUGUUAAAAAGUACAGUGAAAAAAUAUUGUUCGGAAGGCAGCAAAGUUAACCAAGUCGUGGUUGCUGUUAUGAUGGUGCUCCCAGUGUUUUCAUACGGCACAGCAAUCGGCUGGCUGUCACCGAUGGGUCCACGGCUCAUGUCAGAGGAGACUCCGGCUGCGGCACCAGUCCACGCCGACGUCAUAUCCUGGAUGGCGUCAGUUCCCUACUUGGUUGGGACGCCUGCGGUCUUCCUCUUUGGGUUUAUUGUCGAUAAUUACGGCCGGAAGAAAGCGCUGAUGCUUACGUCUUUAUCGAUGGCAGUGUGCUGGGGACUGAAACUCUACUCCACAGAGACGUGGGCACUCAUAACGGCGCGAGCAAUCAUCGGUCUCGGAGUGAGCGGGUCCUACGUAGUCACGCCGCUCUACAUCAAGGAAAUAAGCGAGGAUUCCAUACGAGGCACCCUAGGAAGCUUAGUGGUUCUCAGUCAGAACUUAGGGAACCUAGUGGUUUACGUGUUAGGGGAAUAUCUGUGCUAUCACGCGAUACUGUGGAUCUGUUUAGUGAUACCGUUGGUGCAUUUGCUGUUGUUCCCAGCCAUGCCGGAGACUCCUUCUUAUUUGUUGAAGAGUGGGAAAGUGGAGGAGGCCCGGUCAGCACUGGCAUGGCUGCGCUGCCGACAGAGCUCGGACGCGGCGGUGGACAGCGAGCUGCAGCUGUUGCUGCUGGAACUGGAGCAGAGCAACAGCGGGACGCCAUUCACCACCAUCAAGACCCUGGUAUCUGACCGCAACACGUUUCGCGCGUUCAGGAUCACGAUGGUGAUCACACUGGCCAGGGAGCUGUGCGGCUGCCUGGCCGUGCUGCACUUCGCGUCGCUCAUCUUCAGCAAGGCGAGCGGCGGCUGGGUGCUCACGGCCAACCAACAGGCGGUCGUACUGGGGGCCGUGCAGUUGGUGGGCUCCUGUACUGCCUUUAGUUUGGUGGAGAGGACGGGGCGAAAGCCUCUCCUAGGCGCCACAUGCCUGGUGUCAGGGUUAGCCCUGGCCGCGUUGGGAGCAUGGUUCGCAGCCAGCGACGGCGCGCACGCGUGGCUGCCUGUGCUCGCACUGUGUCUGUGCAUUUACUGCGACGCGGCGGGCCUGCAACCCGUGCCCUUUGUGGUCAUGACGGAGAUGUUCUCCUUCCAGUUUCGAGGCACAGUGACAUCAAUAGUCACAGCAUUUGCCUGCGCGAUCGUCUCCGUAGAGUUGCGAGUGUUCCAACCGCUGGCCAGCAGUGUGGGACUCUACCUCAUCUUCUGGAUCUUCUCCGUAGUGUGCCUCAUCAGCACUGUAUAUAUCGCCUUCUGUGUCCCAGAGACGAAGAAGAGAACGAUAGAAGAAAUAUACGCAGAAUUCGGUGGGAAGGAGAAGGAGAAAGAUUUGGAAGCGCAUGUUACGAGAUUGUAGAAUAUUUGUAUGUGUUUAGAAUAACUAGUUUUUGUUUCAAAUUAUCAGAUAUUCAUGGACAUUUUGACGAAUUUAAUUUCCGAUAAAACGUAGGUAUGGAAAUUUAUUUUCUAACGUUAGAUCUAAUAAGUCUAGAUUAAGCUUAAUCUACCUACCUGUGAAUACUAUGUUAUAUGUGUUGGAAUUUUCUGUAGGCUUAGGAUGCAUCCUCGAGGGUAUUUCGUGUAGAGAAAAGUACCUACAUUUUGUCGAGUACGGCUGAAUCGAAAAUAUAGCCCUUUCCUUGCGAUGAGACGAAAAAAAAGAAGCGAUAUUUCAAAACAGUCGCUAUUGGUCGACAAUAUAUAUUUUUCUCAACAGAAGAUGUUAGUCGCAUACAAGGCCUACUGGAGUUUGCCGUAAAGAAAGACAAAUUAAUAAAUAAAAUGUUCUUUGUGUUCUGCCGCUUUUGUGAUAACUAGAACACUGGCUUUGAUUAGGUUGUACACAAAUUCUAAACUAAAUUGACAGUUUUGAAAGUAAUGCCGUCCUUAUCAACAAGAGAACAUUGGUAAAGGACGGUGCUAUCGACGUUUCUUCCCUUUAGUGAACUUGGUUUACAAUUGGUGUAUUACCGAAUUGAUAUUAUUAAGACUGGCAAUAAAAUACUAUUUAUAA